AUGCCCACCUAUAAUAUCGUCGUCUUUGGGGGCGAUUAUGCAGGUCCUGAGGUGACAAACGAGGCUAUCAAGGUUCUCAAAUUAAUUGAGCAGUGCUCGAACGAUAUCAAGUUCAACUUCCAAGAACAUUUACUCGGUGGGUGUUCUAUUGACGCGCAUGGCACGCCUUUAACAGACGAGGCUCUUUCGGCCGCGAAAUCCGCCCACGCCGUCCUUCUCGGCGCAAUAGGCGGGCCAAAGUACGGUGUGGGCAAAGUCCGCCCCGAACAAGGCAUCCUCAGGCUGCGCAAAGAAAUGGGCACAUUCGGCAACUUGCGGCCUUGUUUCUUCGCUUCUCCUACACUUGCUGCGCGGUCUCCACUGAAGGAAGAAGUCUGCCAGGGAACAGAUUUCAUGAUUGUGAGGGAACUGACGGGCGGCAUCUACUUCGGCGACCGGGUCGAAGGGAAUCCGGAUGAUGGAGAGAGCGAGUGGGCGGAGGACCGGGAGCCGUAUUCCAGGAAGGAGAUCGAAAGGAUCACCAGGCUCGCAGCGUACCUCGCCCUCGCGAAAAGUCCGCCAAGCAAAGUCUGGAGUCUGGACAAGGCGAACGUGCUCGCGACAAGUCGGCUGUGGAGGAGGGUCUUCGCAGAGACCAUGCAAAAGGAGUUUCCCCAGCUGGAGUUCGAACAUCAGCUGAUCGACUCGGCCGCGAUGAUCAUGGUGAAGAACCCGCGCGCAUUGAACGGCGUGAUCGUCACGUCGAAUCUGUUCGGUGAUAUCAUUUCCGACGAAGCCUCCGUCAUCCCCGGCAGUCUGGGGCUCCUGCCCAGUGCAAGUCUCAGCGGCGUUCCUGACGGCAAGGGCCUGUGCAAUGGCAUUUACGAACCCAUCCAUGGCUCGGCGCCCGAUAUCGCCGGCAAAUGCAUCGUGAACCCAGUCGCCGCGAUUCUCAGCGUGGCCAUGAUGCUCCUGUACAGCUUGAACAUGGCGAGGGAAAGCGUUUUGGUCGAGCAGGCUGUGAGGAUCGUCAUUGAAAACGGCAUCGUGACCAAGGAUAUUGGAGGGAACAAUUCGACGGUCGAGGUCGGCGACGCGGUGGCAAAGGAGUUGGAAUCUCUUUUGAAAGACCAGUGA